AUGAGUGUGGGGUGUGCGGGGCUCCUGCGCUCCGCUCACGGCCGCCGCCGGGAAAGGACAGACGGACGGCGCUUUCUUCUUCGGCGAGCGGUUCCCGGGUACCUCGGCUCGGCCCGGGCGCGAGUGGAGCGCGCUCGGCUAGCCGCCGGCCUCCGGAAGGUCCCGCUGCGUCCCCCCUGGGCUGGAUAUGUUCAUGUUCACGUGAAGAUGGAUUUAGUGUACGGUCUCGUGUGGCUGCUGACAGUCCUCCUGGAGGGGAUCUCUGGCCAAGGAGUAUACGCUCCCCCAACGGUUCGUAUUGUGCAUUCAGGCUUGGCCUGUAACAUUGAGGAGGAGCGCUACUCGGAAAGGGUCUAUACUAUACGGGAAGGAGAAACACUAGAACUGACCUGUCUGGUCACAGGACAUCCACGUCCACAGAUCAGGUGGACCAAAACAGCAGGAAGUGCCUCUGACAGAUUCCAAGACUCAAGUGUCUUCAAUGAGACUUUGAGGAUUACAAACAUUCAGCGACACCAAGGAGGCCGGUAUUACUGUAAAGCAGAGAAUGGCUUGGGGUCCCCAGCGAUAAAGUCAAUCAGAGUGGAUGUGUACUAUUUGGAUGACCCAGUAGUAACUGUUCAUCAAAGUAUAGGUGAAGCUAAAGAACAAUUUUACUAUGAGAGAACAGUGUUCCUCCGGUGUGUGGCCAAUUCCAAUCCACCUGUUCGGUACAGCUGGAGACGUGGUCAGGAGGUAUUACUACAAGGAUCUGAUAAAGGAGUUGAGAUUUAUGAACCCUUCUUUACCCAGGGUGAAACCAAGAUCUUAAAACUAAAGAAUCUUCGACCUCAGGACUAUGCUAAUUAUAGCUGCAUUGCUUCAGUGAGGAAUGUAUGUAAUAUUCCUGAUAAGAUGGUGUCAUUUAGACUUUCCAAUAAAACAGCAUCUCCGUCAAUUAAACUCUUGGUGGAUGACCCUAUAGUUGUAAAUCCUGGAGAGGCCAUAACAUUAGUAUGUGUUACGACAGGAGGAGAGCCUGCACCCACUCUCACCUGGGUCAGGUCCUUUGGGACUCUGCCUGAAAAGACUGUUUUAAAUGGAGGAACGUUGACCAUACCUGCCAUCACCUCAGAAGAUGCUGGUACUUACAGCUGCAUCGCCAAUAAUAAUGUGGGAAACCCUGCAAAAAAGUCCACCAACAUAAUUGUGAGAGCAUUAAAAAAAGGACGAUUCUGGAUCACACCAGAUCCUUAUCACAAAGAUGACAACAUCCAGAUUGGGCGUGAGGUGAAAAUAUCUUGCCAAGUAGAAGCUGUUCCUUCUGAGGAGUUAACAUUUAGUUGGUUUAAAAAUGGUCGCCCAUUAAGAAGUUCUGAGCGGAUGGUUAUUACACAGACUGAUCCGGAUGUCUCCCCGGGAACGACAAACUUGGACAUCAUUGAUUUAAAAUUCACGGAUUUUGGGACAUACACAUGUGUAGCAUCUCUGAAGGGAGGAGGAAUAUCUGAUAUCAGUAUUGAUGUUAAUAUAUCCAGCAGCACAGUUCCACCCAAUCUGACUGUUCCACAGGAAAAAUCACCUCUGGUCACCAGAGAAGGGGACACAAUAGAACUGCAGUGUCAAGUAACUGGAAAACCUAAACCCAUCAUCCUCUGGUCUAGAGCGGAUAAAGAAGUUGCAAUGCCUGAUGGCUCAAUGCAAAUGGAGAGUUAUGACGGAACACUGAGGAUUGUGAAUGUAUCGAGAGAAAUGUCAGGAACGUACAGAUGUCAGACCAGCCAGUACAAUGGAUUUAACGUGAAACCAAGAGAAGCUUUGGUUCAGCUCAUUGUGCAGUAUCCUCCUGCUGUGGAACCAGCAUUUCUGGAGAUCCGGCAAGGACAAGACCGAAGUGUUACUAUGAGCUGCCGGGUCCUGAGAGCCUAUCCAAUACGGGUGCUGACCUAUGAGUGGCGCUUGGGCAAUAAAUUAUUACGGACUGGUCAGUUUGACUCUCAAGAGUACACAGAAUACCCGGUGAAGAGUCUUUCCAAUGAAAACUAUGGGGUUUAUAAUUGCAGCAUCAUAAAUGAAGCUGGAGCUGGGAGAUGCAGCUUUCUUGUUACAGGAAAAGCCUAUGCUCCAGAAUUCUAUUACGAUACCUACAAUCCUGUGUGGCAGAACAGACAUCGUGUUUAUUCUUACAGUCUACAGUGGACACAAAUGAAUCCUGAUGCAGUAGAUCGGAUUGUUGCAUACCGAUUGGGUAUUAGGCAGGCUGGACAGCAGCGUUGGUGGGAGCAGGAGAUUAAAAUAAAUGGAAAUAUUCAAAAAGGAGAACUAAUUACAUAUAACUUGACUGAGCUAAUUAAACCAGAGGCUUAUGAAGUCCGACUAACUCCUCUCACCAAAUUUGGCGAAGGAGAUUCAACAAUUCGUGUCAUCAAAUAUAGUGCUCCUGUUAAUCCUCAUUUGAGAGAAUUUCACUGUGGAUUUGAAGAUGGGAACAUUUGUUUGUUCACCCAAGAUGAUACAGAUAAUUUUGACUGGACAAAGCAAAGUACUGCAACAAGAAAUACAAAAUAUACUCCAAACACAGGACCUAAUGCUGAUCGUAGUGGCUCCAAAGAAGGUUUUUAUAUGUACAUUGAGACAUCUCGACCCAGAUUGGAAGGUGAAAAGGCCCGACUUCUCAGCCCUGUUUUCAGCAUAGCUCCUAAAAACCCUUAUGGCCCCACGAACACUGCAUAUUGUUUCAGCUUCUUUUAUCACAUGUAUGGACAACAUAUAGGUGUUCUAAAUGUUUAUCUGCGUUUGAAAGGGCAGACAACGAUAGAGAAUCCACUGUGGUCUUCAAGUGGGAAUAAAGGACAGCGGUGGAAUGAGGCUCAUGUUAAUAUAUAUCCAAUCACUUCAUUCCAGCUCAUUUUUGAAGGUAUUCGAGGUCCUGGCAUAGAAGGUGACAUUGCCAUUGAUGAUGUAUCGAUUGCAGAAGGAGAAUGUGCAAAACAAGACCUAACGACUAAGAAUUCUGUUGAUGGUGCUGUUGGAAUUUUAGUACAUCUAUGGCUUUUUCCGGUCAUCGUACUCAUCUCUAUCUUAAGUCCUCGAAGGUGACCUUAUCCUGGCAGAGGCUAUAAAAGAUUCACCAGGCACCGGCAUGAAGAAAGAGUCUUUGUAAAUGGACAUUGAAAAACAAACUACCAAAGAUUCCUCCACUGACUACUGACUCAAAAAUAAAAUAAUAAAAACGAAUUUUUUAAAGCACUGGGGAUAAAAAGACAUAAUGGAAGUAUAACUUAUUCCAAACUACAUGUAAAAGAUAAUCUUGACCUGAGUA